AUGCUUACAACGCAAGAACGAUAUCAUUUACAAUAUUAUGUUCUUACCAAUUUGGAUGAGAUAAGCGAGUACGAGAGGAUUUAUGAAGCUCAAGUACGAUUUCAUUACCCACAUUUUACCGAAGAAGAAAUUACCAUGCAGAAAAAGCCAGAAUUUGUUGAUUGGAUGCACUAUUAUGUCACAACAUUAACUAAAGAAUGUCAAGCAUUUCCAACAUGGCUGCAAGAGUUGGUUCAUGGUCCUCUCUCUGUUGCAACACCGUACAAAAUGUAUUUUACUCGUGGAUAUGGUUUCAAGAUAUAUCAAGAAGGAACUACCAGAACCACUUGUAACUACGGCAUAUCUUCAGCGUCAGAUGACCUUGUUUACUACGGUGUACUCCGAGAGAUUUUGGAGAUUCAAUAUCCAGGAAUGCUCGGUAUGAAGUACGUUGUAUUUUACUGCGAUUGGUAUAACCCAAUUGAGGGUUACGGUGUUCGCCACAGCCAGUUUGGUGUUACAUUAGUACACUUCGAGAGACGACUCCAAAAGUAUGAUCCAUUUGUGCUCGCUUCCCAACCAGAUCAGGUGUGUUACAUUCGGUAUCCGCAUGUGACGACUUCGACUUUUUCUUGGUUUACUGUCACUUUGAUAUAUCCGAGAGGGAGGAUUGAUGGUGUUUCCGAUCAUGAUCCUAUGCAGCAAAAUGAACUCGACGUAUUAGGUUCGGUACCCUCUUCCCUUGAAGUUGAUAUUGUGGUGGAUUUCACAAGUUUCGGAAAUAGUGUCGUAUUCGAUGAUUCUGAAGACGAGCCUAACGAAUUUGAGGAGGAGUUAGAUUUUGCGGGUUCCUCUGAUUAUUCAUCUGAUUCAGAGUAA